AUGUCUUCGGUCUCAGAUACCGAUGUGAAAGUGGAAAUACAAGAAAUUGAAGUAGAUGAAUUACCGGUGGAAAUGCAAAUAGAGACGGUUGAAACCACAGAUGAAGUGUCAGUACAACCCAUGAUCGCACUGCAGCCUUUGCAAGAAACCGCCGAGGAAAUUAAUUUUACAAACCCGCGAAGAAAUUCAAUUCCAGUUCCAGCACCAGAAAUUGAAAUUUCUUCAGAGGAAGUUAUUCCGAUGAGAAAAGGAAAAGGGGGUAAGAGAAAAGGAAAAUCUAGAAAUACACUUCAAACAAGCGGUUUCGUGAACGAUUUGGGACUUUGUGAUUCUUCUGUGAAAAAAUGGGAACAGAAACAAGUUCAGAUAAAGACAUUAGAAGGGGAAUUUUCAGUGACGAUGUGGGCCUCCGAGGACCAGUCAAAGUUAGACGAGGAUUCAGCUGCAGGUGAUUCUGAUGCAGAUUUCGCAGAGUAUAUGACAGGAAAGAAGAUGCCUCCUGGUGGCAUGCCCGGCCUUGACCUCAGCGAUCCAAAACAGUUAGCAGAAUUUGCCAGGAUAAAGACUAGGAAACCAACAGACGAUGUACCCCGCACGGUUCCAUGUCCACACAAGGGAUGUAACAAAAUGUUCCGCGAUAAUUCUGCCAUGCGGAAACACCUUCACACCCAUGGGCCUAGGGUGCAUGUCUGUGCUGAGUGUGGGAAAGCUUUUGUUGAAAGUUCAAAGUUAAAAAGACAUCAGCUUGUCCACACAGGAGAAAAGCCAUUCCAGUGUACAUUUGAAGGCUGCGGGAAAAGAUUUUCUUUGGACUUUAAUCUACGAACACAUGUCCGGAUUCACACAGGUGACAGACCUUAUGUUUGUCCUUUUGAUGGAUGCAAUAAGAAGUUUGCACAGUCUACAAAUCUCAAGUCACAUAUUCUCACUCAUGCUAAAGCAAAGAUAGACAGGUCAUCCAAAACAAUGUUGGUGUUUUCUGACCAAGGAUCUGUAGAUGGUGAUCAGUGUUUGUCAGAUGAUGGUUUGUUAGUGUUUGACUACCGAAGCCAAUCAGCUCAUCAGAUUCCUGGAGCACAAGUGGGCCAGACGCUGACCUAUGUGACAAUACCUCCAGAAUCUCCAGGUUGGGGGUGA